AUGCCACUCCUGGCUGCUGCACUCUGCUCACUUUUAGGGCAAUGUUCGGUCUCAGCAGGAAACGGCAAGGAAAUUGCAGAACUUCAACAGAACCUGGCCAACUAUGUUCAGGAGAAUCAGUCUGUGAUAUCUAGCAUGUCAGGGCAUGAUCUCAACAAUCUGACUUCCGAGGACAACGAACCACAAAUUAGCGACGAGCUGACGCCACCCACAAAACCUCCGAGGUCUGCAACGGCUUUGAAGCAAGAUUCCAGUUCCCGCAAUCCAUACCUACCGAUCGACAGUUCACCCGAUUUCCCUUUCAUGACGCCCUGCAGUUUCUUUGGGGAGCCCCCUCCGCUUUCAGGAAGUCUUGGCAAUGAUGUCGCAUCAGCUGCAGAAGAUAUUGGCUUGAACGUAAUCAUCAACUAUAUGAAGAGGGCUUGUAUGGAAAUAUCCAGGCACGAUCUUUUCGAGGGCUACCUCGCGCACUGUACUUCGGGACAUAACGAAGAGUUGAAGGAAGCGAAUGAGGAUUCAAACCGUCAGGAACGGGAGCGCAAACGAUCAUCUCCAAACUUCAUGUGCCAUAGCGGACCCGAAGAGAAUGCUUCCAAGUCGAAGAAGCGUCCACUAUCGACAAUCAUAAUGCCGCCUUCCCGUACUCCAUUCACAGAGAUCCUAGCUACCACUGUGCUACCAUCCAGUGUCACCAGCUCUCGUCGACCUUCGACAACGUCCUCAGCAGUCUACUCAAGUUUCACAGAUCAUUCUCCACUCUCAGAGUACACCUUCCAUCUACAAAAAGAGGAUACUUGGCCACGUCGGCAGACAGGACAUUAUACGGCGAUUCCUCAAGUCGAGCUAAACGAUCAUCCGAUGGCUUGUGCAAUAACUAGUUUCAUGGAUCUUGCCCGAACAAUGCUGACGCAAGGGAAACCGAUUCAAGAGAUCUUUGGUCCCGAGAGAGCUAUUGUCGAUUUGCUAUUCAGAAAAAGAAGACAGUCCGACCCCCAUUCUGUAUGUCAUUUUGCAGCCGAGUUAUGCGCAGGUAUCAAAGACAUGGAAAUGCCUGCCAAGUUGGGCAUAACCUUCAUGUACAUCUAUUUACUACGGUGGAUGAUCCUACCUUCAUCAGACAGUUACAGCAAGGUGCCCGACAUAUAUCGUCCUACGCGGAUGCAGAUCAGCGUUCCCCAUUGCGCCAUCAUCGAGUUCUGCCCUUUCCCUCUACUUCGCGAUGCUUUGUGUCGUCGUAACCGGGAUUUCCUGACCACGUUUGCGAGCAACAUCAGUUGUAAUUGGCCAUACCCGACAGAAACGUGCAUAGAGCGGGACCCUAGAACAGGGCAUAUCAUGCUCACGGAUGAUUUUGCACGACAUUCUCUGGAUGCUGGACACUGGACAGUGCAGCCGGUUGUUUUUGAGACCUUUCCUGAAUGUCGAGGUCUCAUCAGGACUUUUUCUUGA